AUGUGCUACGACCGCUACGUGUCCAUCUGCAAACCCCUGCACUACGGGACCCUUCUGGGCAGCAGAGCUUGUGCCCACAUGGCAGCAGCGGCCUGGGCCAGUGGCUUUCUCAACGCUCUGCUGAACACAGCAAAUACAUUUUCCCUGCCCCUGUGCCAUGGCAACGCCCUGGGCCAGUUCUUCUGUGAAAUCCCCCAGCUCCUCAAACUCUCCUGCUCACACUCCUACCUAAGGAACAUUGGGUCCAUGGUGUUUUCCAUCUCUUUAGCAUUGUGUUGUUUUGUGUUCAUGGUUUUCUCCUAUGUGCAGAUCUUCAGGGCUGUGCUGAGGAUCCCCUCUGAGCAGGGACGGCACAAAGCCUUUUCCACCUGCCUCCCUCACCUGGCUGUGCUCUCCCUGUUCCUCAGCACUGCCACAUUUGCUCACCUGAAACCGCCCUCCAUGUCCUCCCCAUCCCUGGAUCUGGCCCUGUCAGUUCUGUACUCGGUGGUGCCUCCAGCCCUGAACCCCCUCAUCUACAGCCUGAGGAACCAGGAGCUCAAGGCUGCAGUGUGGAGACUGAUGACG